UAAAAGCCAGCAGAAGUAGACAAACAUGACAACAGACUCACCAAUAUUUAUUCUCUUUUUGUUGUAGCACAGACCAUAACUCCUUUCCCCAGCCUACCUCCAUCUUCCCAACACCUUUUUACCAUGAUGAAGGAGCCGUUAGAAUUCUCUGAAAGCUCUUCUAAAAAUUCUACUUCUUUAUCCAUUGAAAAUAAUACUCCUAUGAAAGAUCAUAGCAAUAAAUCUGGAGGGGUAAGACCAUAUGUUAGAUCCAAAAUGCCAAGACUCCGAUGGACGCAAGAUCUUCAUCGCAGAUUUGUGCAUGCUGUUGAGACACUUGGUGGAGAAGAUCGAGCAACACCAAAGAUGGUGCUACAGUUGAUGGAUGUGAAGGGCCUGACAAUAUCUCACGUAAAAAGUCACCUUCAGAUGUACAGAAGCAUGAAGCAUGAACAGAUGAUACAAGCUGAAGCAGAAGCUGCAAAUGGGAGUAAAAGGAAUAGAAUGGAUAUUGGUGCAGCCAAUGGGAACUAUCAUCACUACUACAAUAUUAAUGACAAAGCCUUCUUUGGUGCUCAUCCUUUGAGUAAUGUAACCAGUAAUUAUGCGGAGCUUGCCUCUAUUUUGCCUCCUGCAUGGAAACAUAUGCAAGAGAGCAAGGAAAAUAAGAUCAUGGGAUUGGAAGGAAAGUCUAAUUAUUCCAUCAUGUUCAGGGAUUUCUUCAAUGGCUGCAGUGUUCAAGAUAUUGGCAACAGGAAUAAAGUGGUAGGAGAAGCUAGCAGUUUGUCAAAUAAGAGUCCAUCUGCAGAAGAGGAAGAUAUCUCCAGCAGCACCAUGUCCUUAGAGCCAUCUGCCAGUUUUGAUGUCAAUAAUCUCUCUCUUGACCUCACCCUUGCUUAAUAUCUUUUCGUCUGUUUCUUGCACAACCACCCCUAUUCCGAAUUUAGCGGAAAAAAGGCUUCUCGUUAUCCUAAUUUUAAUUACUCUCAAGUCCUUGAGAUCUGUUGUCAUGGUAACCAACCUAGGUGGAACUUUGUACUAAUUAAUCAGUUUUUGAUCAA